AUGUGGUUACGCUGUGUAGAGCUGCUAUUGUCCCUUCUCGGAUGCUGUGGGGUAACGGCUUCUGGAAAACACCCUUUCAUUCAUGUUUUCCCCGAAGAGUUGGUCGCCACCGCGCCACCGGAGAAUCUAUUCCUCUGCCCGAUGAAUGUAACAGAUGGUGUGAACUUAACGUCCUGGCCGUCAGAGGAGGUUACUAUCAACGGUACACUUUGUAUGGAUUAUGAUGAGCUUAUGGAGUUCAACGGCAGAGGAGAUUUUUUGAAGUGUCUAACGGAGGUGAUCAACGUCACCACACAUGCAUUGGACAGGUUGGGUGUCGAUGCGACCAUCAUCGACGGUACCCUAUUAGGUUGGCAACGACACGAUAAGAAUCAUAUACCCUGGGAUGUCGAUGGCGAUCUCCUCAUCAUGCAGAGCCAUUGUCGGAAGGCCUUCUCGACCCACGCCACCACCCAUCAUAAGAACAUGGCAUCCCUUCUACAGGAGUAUCUACCCGAUGAUUCCCGCUAUCGUGUGGCUGGUAUCGUAUUCGGUGUCGGAUCCGAAUUGGACCCUAAUGAGUGGGAAGGCUGUGACCUAUCGGAACUCCGCGUUAUCCACUACUCUGACAGUGUCACUUGUCAUGUGGACAUCUUUCAGCUAGUUCAGUCCUCCGACCCCGAUCAUCCUUGUGAGGAUUGCCCUGGUUUCAACUCGAGUAAAAUCGUUACUUGCCGUCAUCAGCAACAUAAUGCUUGUGGAUUGUAUGAAAACUACUUCCCAACUAGAUGGGACCAUAUGGACGCCGAUGGAGAUGUUAAGGUGCCGAAUAAUGUUUCGGAAGCCCUUAAAUCUGAGUACGGAACAUCCCCUUUGAGCCUCCUCAACCUCCAGAAGAUUCCUGGUAACUACGAAUUCCAUAGCACAAUGCUUGUGGUCGGCCGAGCAGCGAUCUCAAUAGAACAAUUCACCACUCGGAAACCUGUUGAUAAAU